AGGUGAUUUUACACAAGAAGCCGUUAGUUGUGUGCUUGUGUGUGUGUUUGAUGGGGUCUUAGGUCCAUUUCUUCUUGGUGCUGAUGUCCUUUGAACAUCUAAAGCCCAGGGCCUCGUCUUAGGAGGAAAGAUCCCUUUGUAUCAUUGUACACCAUGAUGUUUAGAACAUCACUUCUAUUGCUGGCUUUCAUGGCUGCUGCAACUUCAAUUGCUUCGACAGACAGACAAACAUAUGUAGUUCACAUGGACAAGACCAGGAUCACAUCUUUAGACGGUAUUCUUGGUGAUUCCAGAAAAUGGUAUGAAGCAGUUAUGGAUUCCAUCAAUGAACUCUCAAUUCAAGGAGGAGGCGAAGAAGAAACAUCACCUCCCGAGCUCCUUUACACCUAUGAAACUGCCAUCACUGGCUUUGCUGCAAAGCUCUCCAUCAAGCAGUUGCAGGCCUUGAACAAAGUUGAGGGGUUUCUCUCAGCUGUUCCUGAUGAAUUACUAGGUCUCCACACCACACGCUCACCUCAGUUUCUUGGCCUGCAUACUGGGAAAGGACUAUGGAAUGCUCACAACCUGGCCACUGAUGUGAUAAUUGGCAUUGUUGAUACUGGAAUCUGGCCUGAACAUGUUAGUUUUCAAGAUAGGGGCAUGUCACCGGUGCCCUCUCAUUGGAAAGGAACUUGUGAGGAAGGCACAAAGUUCACACAUUCCAAUUGCAACAAGAAGCUUAUUGGCGCUAGAGUCUUUUUCAAAGGGUACGAAGCCAUUAGAGGGAGAAUCAAUGAAUUGGUGGAUUUCAAAUCCGCUAGGGACUCACUGGGCCAUGGAACACACACUGCAUCAACUGCAGCUGGUAAUGUGAUCCCUGGAGCAAGCCUUUUCGGUAGGGGCAAGGGCUUUGCAAGGGGAAUGAGAUAUACAUCAAGAAUUGCUGCAUAUAAAGCUUGUUAUGCUGGUGGCUGUGCAAACUCUGAUAUAUUAGCAGCAAUAGACCAGGCUGUUUCCGAUGGGGUUGAUGUGUUGUCACUGUCCGUGGGAGAUGCCUCAAAGCCUUACCAUAUUGACAGUAUCGCUAUAGCUUCCUUUGGGGCAGUCCAAAAUGGUAUUUUCGUUUCUUGUUCUGCGGGAAAUUCAGGGCCUUCUAGUUCAACUGUUGCCAAUUCCGCACCUUGGAUCAUGACAGUUGCUGCAAGCUCCCUCGAUAGAAGCUUCCCUACUAUAGUUAAGCUUGGCAACGGAGAAACUUUUCAUGGGGCAUCGUUGUACUCUGGGAAAGCAACUAAGCAACUAUUGCUUGCUUAUGGAGAAACUGCAGGUCGUGUUGGAGUUGAUUAUUGCAUUGGUGGCACGCUCUCUCCCAAUCUCGUAAAAGGGAAGAUUGUUGUAUGCAAACGAGGCGUGAAUAGCCGAGUUGUAAAGGGGGAACAAGUGAAAAUGGCAGGUGGUGCUGGAAUGAUACUGCUGAACACUGAAGCUCAAGGGGAGGAGCUUGUUGCUGAUCCCCACGUUUUACCGGCCAUUUCUUUAGGGGCUUCAGCAGGUAAAUCCAUAAUAAACUAUAUGAAUUCUGGGAAUUCUACUGCUUCUAUUGUAUUCCGUGGGACUGCAUAUGGGAAUCCUGCGCCUGUAAUGGCAGCAUUCUCUUCAAGAGGCCCUGCUUCAGAAGGGCCUUAUGUGAUCAAGCCCGAUGUGACUGCUCCAGGCGUGAACAUACUGGCUGCAUGGCCACCAACUGUAAGCCCUACCGGGCUCAAAAGCGAUAACAGAAGUGUACUAUUUGAUGUACUCUCCGGGACAUCAAUGUCUUGCCCUCAUGUUAGUGGCCUAGCCGCGCUUCUUAAAUCAGUUCACAAAGAUUGGUCACCCGCCGCCAUCAAGUCAGCCCUGAUGACAACUGCUUAUACUCUAGACAACAAGAGAAAUCCAAUUUCAGAUUUUGGUUCUGGUGGCUCAUCAGCAACCCCUUUUGCAUAUGGUUCAGGCCAUGUGAAUCCAGAGAAAGCCUCCAAUCCAGGGCUAAUUUAUGACAUUACAACUGAGGACUACCUCAACUACUUGUGUAGCCUUAACUACACCUCUUCUCAGAUAGCUCGAGUGUCAAGAAGGAUCAGUUUCACUUGCCCAAAUCACACACUUCAUCUUCAACCUGGAGACUUGAACUAUCCUUCAUUUGCAGUACUUUUCAAUGGCAAUGCCCAAAAAAACCGUGCCACAUACAAAAGAAGUGUAACAAAUGUUGGGUACCCUACUACUACCUAUGUGGCACAGGUGCAGGAACCUGAAGGAGUAUCAGUCAUGGUUAAGCCUAAUGUUUUAAAGUUUAAAGAACUCAAUCAGAAACUGAGUUACAAGGUGAGUUUCGUUGCAUCGCGAAAAACAUCAACUUCUUCUAGUUGGUCUUUUGGAUCUCUAGUUUGGGUGUCUAGGAAAUAUAGAGUUAGAAGUCCCAUUGCAGUAACUUGGCAGUAGCUUGAAGACUAAAGAACGGUCCGGCUGUUCCAUUUAAGAGCAUAUAUAAAAUAUCAUCCUUUAUAUUUUCUGCAAAUUAAAAAAUUAAAUUUCUCCCCUGUGCACAUUGAGGAUCAUUGUCAUAUGUCAUCAUGAUCAAUGGUUUCAUCAG